GGGGCGGGCCCGGGGGCGGCGGCGCUUCCUGCCCGCCCCGGCCCAGCGCGUCCCGCGGGCCGCCCGCGCCCACAGCAGCGGAAGGAGGCGGAGGAGGGAGCCCAGCCCGCCCGUGCCGCCAGCCCGCCCGGUGCCGCUCCGCCGCCGCGCUCAGUUUUAUUGACACUGAGGAUGAAGAAGGAUUUGCAAAUGAAAGCGCCUUGAAAUACAGCAUCUUUUGGAGAGAGCUCUGCAGUUCUCCAGCCCGUUAAAUCUCGAAUUCCACCCUUUGCCCCUGCUGAAUCCACUGUUCUGCCCUCUACUCUCUGGGGUAAAAAACCAAACAACAACAACAAAAACCCGAGGGGGAAAAGAAUACCUUUGGCAGCAGGGAAGCUUUGUGUGACUGACCCAACGAGCUACAAGUGUCCAGUUUCUGAAAAGAAGAAAACCCUUUUGUCUUCAGCAGAUCAGUAGAAUUAUUUUGGGAGCGAGGAGAGUAUCAAGUGAUCUGGCCUGCUGAAGAGGAGCCUGAAGCCAUCUCUGAGUGGAGAUCUUGGGUUUGCAGGAGGAAGGCUGAGUGCAUCCCCCCAUGUGGCAGAACUGCUCCUCCUUACCAGGGAACUCCAAGUGAAGGACAAAGGUCAAGGGCAGCUUUUACAUUCCACCCAAAAGGCACCACAGUUUGAGAUGAGGAAUUCAGAAGAGCAAGCAGCUACGACAGUUUUACAGCGCCUGCUGCAGGAGCAGCUCCGAUACGGGAACCCAAAUGACAACCGCAACCUUCUCGCCUUACACCAGCAAGCCACAGGGAAUGCCCCCCCUUUCAGCAGCACCGGCAGCCCGGCCUCUCAGAACGAAGGGCUGAGCUCCCAGGACCACCAGCUCGUGACUCAUGCUGCCCGCCAGGAGCCCCAGGGCCAGGAGAUACAGGUGGACAACAGCAUCAUGGAGAAGCAGCUCUCGCCGCGGCUCCAGAACAGCGAGGACCUCCCGACCUACGAGGAGGCCAAGGUGCAGUCGCAGUAUUUCCGGGGCCAGCCGCACGCCAGCGUCGGGGCCGCCUUCUACGUCACGGGCGUCACCAACCAGAAGAUGAGGACUGAGGGGCGGCCCACGGUGCAGCGGGUGAGCCCGGGGAAGGUGCACCAGGACGAAGGACUGAAGGACCUCAAGCAAGGCCACGUGCGCUCCCUGAGCGAGAGGCUGAUGCAGCUGUCCCUGGCCACCAGCGGGGUCAAGGCCCACGCGCCCGUCACGAGCGCGCCGCUCUCCCCGCUGUCCCCGCUCUCUCCCCAGCAGUCCAGCGACCCUUACAAAAAUUCUGGCUCCAAUGAGUUCUACAAGAACUCGGUGCAGCCCCCUUCCCAGCCCAGCAUGAAAGGAAUGGAGCAGCGGGGGCCUCCCCCGGAGUACCCUUACAAAAACGUGUCCACCCCGUCUAUGAACUGCAAACCUCAGGACUCGGGGCAUUUCUAUAGUGACCAUCGCAUGAGCCAGCAGGGAAGAUCUGAUGGGCCCAUGAUGAGGUAUCAGCAUCCCCCUGAGUAUGGCUCAGUCAGGCAGAACCCAGACGUGCAGCUGCAGUUACAACAGAGACCACCUCACCACCACAGCCCAACUUCUUCCUUGACAUCCCUGGGAUCUUUGACUUUGCUCCAGUCUCCACCACCCUCUAGGCUGUCCCCUUCCCAGCACCAGCAACCUCUGACUCCCAGCCAGGCAGAUCCUGGCAUUCUGCCACGGACCCAGCAGCCUUUCUUGUCCAACCCAGUCCAUCAGGGAGAUCUGUACCGACUAUGCCAGCCCUUCCUGGGCCCGCAGCAGCAGCAGGGCGACUCCUACUCCAUGAUGCCCCGGGCCCAGCAGAUCCCUUCCCCCUACCAGCAGAUGCAAGUGGAUCCUUUUGCCAUCGUGUCCAGGGCCCAGCAAAUGGUGGAAAUCUUGUCGGAGGAGAACCGGUCCCUCCGGCAGGAGCUGGAUGGGUGCUAUGAGAAAGUGGCCCGGCUGCAGAAGCUGGAAACAGAAAUUCAGCAAGUUUCAGAGGCCUACAAAAACCUGGAGAAAUCAUCCUCUAAGCGGGAUGCCCUGGAAAAAGCCAUGAGAAACAAACUGGAAGGAGAAAUUCGUAGGCUUCAUGAUUUCAACAGGGAUCUAAGAGAACGCAUGGAGACAGCCAACAAGCAGCUGGCAGAGAAGGAGUUUGAGGGGUCUGAAGACAAUCGGAAAACCAUCUCCCAGCUCUUUGCACAAAACAAGGAAACACAGAGGGAAAAAGAGAAACUGGAAAUAGAGCUGGCUGCUGCCCGCUCCACCAAUGAGGACCAGCGGAGACACAUCGAGAUCCGAGACCAGGCCUUGAACAACGCUCAGGCCAAGGUGGUGAAACUGGAGGAGGAGCUGAAGAAGAAGCAGGUCUAUGUUGAGAAGGUGGAGAAGAUGCAGCAGGCCUUGGUUCAGCUGCAGGCAGCGUGUGAGAAGAGGGAGCAGCUGGAGCACCGGCUGCGCACCCGGCUGGAGAGGGAGCUGGAAUCUCUCCGCAUGCAGCAGCGUCAGGGCACAUCUCAGGCUGCCAAUGUCUCUGAGUACAACGCCACAGCGCUGAUGGAGCUGCUGCGUGAGAAGGAGGAGAGGAUCCUUGCUCUGGAAGCUGACAUGACCAAGUGGGAGCAGAAAUACCUGGAGGAAAGUGUGAUGAGACAGUUUGCUUUGGAUGCAGCCGCAACUGUGGCUGCUCAGAGGGACACCACGGUGAUCAGCCACUCGCCCAACCCCAGCUACGACACCUCCCUGGAAGCUCGCAUCCAGAAGGAGGAGGAGGAGAUCCUGCUGGCCAACAGGAGAUGUCUCGACAUGGAGGGAAGGAUCAAGACCCUGCACGCUCAGAUCAUCGAGAAGGACGCCAUGAUCAAAGUGCUGCAGCAGCGCUCCCGCAAGGAGCCUGGCAAGACAGAGCAGCUCUCCUCCAUGAGACCUGCCAAGUCCCUCAUGUCCAUCUCCAACGCUGGCUCAGGCUUGCUGUCCCACUCCUCAACCCUGAGCAGCACCCCCAUCCUGGAGGAGAAGAGGGAGGACAAGAGCUGGAAGGGCAGCCUGGGUGUUCUGCUGGGAACAGAAUAUCGCUCUGAAUCCAUCCCCUCCACCCCCUCUCCUGUCCUGCCCUCCACACCAUUGCUGUCAGCCCACUCCAAGACAGGCAGCAGAGACUGCAGCACCCAGACAGACAGGGGCAGUGAGCAGGGCAAAGCUGCUCCUUCCCCUGCAGCUCCCACCCCAGCACGACUCCCCAGCACCAACCUGACCUACAGUGCAGAGAAAACAGAUGGGCCACUCUUCCACUCCAGCACUCUUGAAAGAAAAGCCCCUGUUCAGACUGUGGGGCAGGACCUCCCAGAUGGAGAGAUGGUAGAAUACCUCAUCUGAAAGGCUGUACCAGGAUCUGAGCUGGGAUAACAGUAGCAAGAAAUUUUUAAAAGACAUUUUUAUUGGGGAAAAAAAAUGUAGUACCUGAGUAAUAAAAGAACACUCAGCUGUUUGCUCUUGUAUAUUAUGUCUCAAAAGUUUGGACAGGUUAAUUUAUAAUUUGUUCUAAAUUAUAAAAAACCCGUAACACUUGUUCUUUGAAAGUUUCCCCCUUUAUUUUUUAAAUACUGGAUCUGGUAACAUGUGGAGACAAAAACUAGACCUUAGGUGCACUACAUGUGAUAUUUCAUUUCAGUGUUUUUAAAGUCUCUUAAGCAGAAGUACCUGCUCUCACAGGUGCUGGUUACAUGUCUGGCUUGAAUGUAGUAAGGUGAGCUUAAUGGCCUUAAAAUGAUCAGAACCAGGGACAUCCUUGUGAGCAUCACUUCAUGGUGUUGGAAUACAGGUGUUCUGGGGAGCUUUGAUAAAUCUGAGCUGUGAUCAAGGGAGAUGUCCCUUUCACUUCCUCUUUCCUCUCAGUGCAAGAACUCAGAGUAGGUGUUUCAUGUUCAUGGGCUGGAAAGAUGUCCAUUUUCAGUGUGGUAACAUUUUUUUUUACUUCCCAAAUUAAUUUUUUAAUGACUUUGUUAUUAAAACAAACAACUCCGUGAUUAAUGUCACAUUUCAUAUUUGUAGUUCCUUUUGCAAGAUUUGCCACACUUUUAUACUUAAGUACUUUUUCAAUAAUUUUUACAGUGGAUAGUAAAUAAUAUAUUGCAUUCAUAUUUUGCAUAAAUGAAUAAGGAGAAUUUACAGGCCCAGCCCUGAUCUGUUAGAUCAGAUUUCUGACAUCAUAAUUCCAUUGGCUUUAGUGAAACUACAAAUUUACCAUAGCUCAAGUGGGAAGCCCUGCUGUAGAUGUAACAACUUAAUCUACUGCAUCUGUGGAGAUCUUUCUUUGUAGCAGACUUUUCUAUAUUUCAAAUGCCCUUCAAAAAAAAAAUACACUUUGUAUAUCCCUCCUUUCUGGAGAGACUGGAUUCUUUUUCACAUAGCAAAGCCUCAGAGGAAGAGCUUUGAAUUGAAGCUCUGUGCAAAGGUUCAGAUGGCAGAUUCUCUCCUUUCAAAAUACUUCUUUAAUUCAUCCGAGUGGAGAGAGCAGCUUAAAGAAAUCCCAGAGGCAUUACAGAAGAAAGUUACAUAUUUAAGUCAUGAGGUUCACUUCCAGAUUUUUGGGAACUAGCACAGAUGCAGCAGUGCUUUGGUUACAGAAACUAUAAGGAGAUAUUAAGACCAAUAGAAGUACAUGAGUGUUUUUUUGUUACUGUCUUUGCAUUUUAUUAAAACACUUCAAUAUUAAUUUCUGUUAAAACCUACUCUUUUUUUGUACUUGAAAAUUAAAAUAUUUCAUUAGCCAGUGGUCACACACUGGGAACCUGGCUAGUUUCAGCUUUCUGUGCAGCAUUAGAGUAGCAAAAUUUUCAUUUCAGAUCGUUUCACCCCAGAGAUAAGGAAAUCCAGCAAUUAAUUAUCACAGAGUUAGUGAAUGUCUUUAAUUCCUGUUUGACACUACUGCUGUUGUGUUCAAAUGAAAUGGCCUUACCAGACCACCAGGGAUCACAGGAGUUCCACAGUGGGAGGGGACAGGAGGUGCCUCUCUCUGCACAGGUGCUGCCUAAAGCUCAGCCCUGAGCUUUCCUUUUGAUAAUAAUCACUUAAAAUCCAAGGAAAACACUUCCUGCCAUUUCUGGCAGCCUUGCUGCUGCUGGUUAGGGAUCUUCAGGCCAUGUUCCCAGUCCUGCAGGAGGCAGAAGUGGCCAAAGGUGGGCUGGGGGAUGCUCUGGGCAGGCACAAACCCCUUCCAUCAUCCAACUGCAGGCACUGCAGAGCUGCACUGCCAGGCUUCGCCUGUCCUGUGGGACAAUGUCUUUCCAGACAGUUCCAGACCUCCCUUCCCUCUGAGCCAUUCCCCACUCUUUUCCAGGCACUGUGUCCAUCACCACUUCAUUCUCAUCCCUGACAAUGUCUUGCUUUUAUUUCUCUUGGUUUAAUUCCAGCCCACUUUAUGAAGUAAUGCCCACCCUGGAUGAUUUGAUUUCUCUUCCUCCUCCACAGUUGUUGGAAAUUCAGCUUUUCUCAUUAGCUCAAGGUGUCCACCUUUUUGCCAUUUCAGCAUAAAUAUCUAUAUUACAUUAUGUGGGCUUGGCUUAAAAUGAGCAAGGGAAAUCAAAUGCCAUUGAGUGGCCGUGUGAGAAGCAGGGAGAACUGUUUGAAUGCUUUUCUCUUCCUUUAGAGUCAGGAAAAAUAAUAUUCCACCCUUACAAAUACAUUUCAGCAUCUGGAAAGAAGUUUUACGACUGUAGGACUCUAAAUAAACAGUUACAACUCUCUUGAGUCACAUAAA